GGUCUUGUCUUGGGUCCUCGGCCAACGUGGGAGACGCGAAGGUGUGCCGUUGUUUUGAACUUGGUGUGGAUUUUCGUCCCGCAAAGACAUGGUUGCUAGUGUUAUUAAGGUCCACUGAGUGCUGUGAGGAGUACUGUGAGACUUGUGUUACCAUGAUGCCAGGGGACAGCCAGUCCAAAGCGGUAGCAAUCGCCGCCGACGCGACGACUGGGAGCUGCCAAAACUGUUCUGUUCUGCAUCAGAGCCUGGCCGAAUAUGUUUCGUCAUUUCUGGCACUGAAACAGAAAAUAACUAUUUCAGAUGACACAAUCCGGCUUCAGCAGCAGCUGAGUGAUCUGCAGACCCGAUUGGUUACUCUGGAGAAGAAGACUAAGGACUAUGAAUCUGUGGAAGCAGAACUGGAAGAGAAGAAAGUAUCUCUUAAGGCCUGUGAAAAGAUAUCUGAAGAGAUGGAUCAACUGAAACAAGAACACAAUGUGACACUGACAGAGAAGAAGAAGCUUGAAGACCAGUUGAACGAUGUUGAAGUAUUGAUGGAAAAGCAGUCACUUGAAAAUGCAGAGCUGAAAAGGGAAAAAGCUUCGGUAGAAAACGAUUUGCUAAAAGCAAAGGCAUGUUUGAAGAAAUCUCAAGCACAAGCUGAUCAAGUUGAAAAACUGAUAGAAGAGAACGCCAAGACAAUAAGCAUAAAGGACAGCCUCGAAAGUAAAGUGGGAUUACUUGAAGACUCAGUUUGCAAACAGAAACAUCAGAUUUCCCAGCUGACCAGAGAAAAGAUCCUGUUAGAGAGAAAUAUCAAUGAUCUCCAGAUGAGACUGAUAAAACUGGAGAGAGAAAGGUGUAAAGAAUAUAGGAGCGCAUCAACUCAAGCAAGUGUACCAGAGGAACCUAAAGUUGACAAAGAAAAGUUUCGGAUGCUACUAGAGAAUUUGUGGACCUGUGUGGAACCUAAACAGCAGCUGUCAGCACAAAGGUCGCACUUAAUUGAUCCCUGCUCCAAUUCUAAAGAAGUUGUUCACUCCUCUCCACAAAACGGGCUUACCUCUCAUUUCAGUAACAUAUCCAAGCCUAGUUCUCAUAGGCUCAGUGAGCCCCACAGUUAUUCCACACCAGCCAUUUACACGCAGUUAAAUCCCUCCCCUCCAUCUGUUAUACAUCAAACCGCUCUACAGACGCAAAGUGCUGAAGAAAAGACACCCAGAAAACACAAGCGAAUGUCUAAGAAACACAAAAGUAGAGAGUCUUCUGACCUGGGCAGCACUGAGGUAUCUCUUGAGGAUAUUAGGAAUUGCUUGAGGCCUUUACUUCCCUGCAUUUCCCCACUACCAGACACGGACACAGAGACUGAACCUGUAGAUAUGGAUACGGCAGACAACGAAAACCAUCCCAAUUGUUCUGAUGAAACUGUCCUUCCUCAAAAAGACAAGCUUUUGCUUGGCACAAUGUCAAUAUCUAGCCACUGCCCAAAAUCUAUUUCACCUCCAGAAAAAGAGAAGGAGAAUGUGGACUCACUAGAGAUCAAUGAAAAUUACUCCAAAGACUUCACGCAAAAUCAUGUGAGUCUAAACACCAGCAGUACAGACUGUGAUGAAAUGCAUCUACAAAAUGACAUCCACACUGAGAAGGAGAUAGCGACUGAGGAUUUAUCAGCUUCACCGUUAUCUUCUAAGCAAGACAUGGGUGAAAACGUCUCAUCAACUUGUGAAAGUCAACAGCUGUCCUGUAUUGUGCAUCCUAGUAUUAGUGAUGCUACUAGAAUUUCUGAAACUGAAAAUUCUUUAGGAGAUCUGAACAAAGAUCAGCCCCAGAGAAUCGUGCACAUAGAUGGAGACAAGAGCCCAAGUUGCGUUAUAAACAAUCAUUUAGUAGAGGUGAACAAAGAUCAGUCAGUGACAAUCGCACAUAUGGAUGGAGACAGGAGCCCAAGUUAUGUUACUGAUGCCAUAACUGUCACCUCUGAUGCUGGAGAGUCACCCAAAAGAAACAGUGUCAAUGUCAUGACUGAAGAAGUGCUAGAUGUGCCGUCAAGUACUUCCUCAACAUUCAGAAACUCUGAAAAAGACACUGUCACUGCAGAUGAUGCAAAGAGCAGUUUAGAAGAGUCUCAUAACGAUUAUUGUAGUUUAGAACAGGACAGUCACGUCGGCACACUCAUGAAGCCCCAGGAGGACAUGGGGUCAUUUGACAAACACUCAGCGGCGCCAGUAGUUACUCUCAAUCUGUCAAGCAUCAGUGAAAGUAUCAGUAGCAUCUCGAGCAAAGGCGCUGAUGCAAGACAGUGCAACGACACACCCAUCGAUGAGGAUGGACAUGAAGCACAAAGAACUGGAGGCGUAGAUGCAGCGGCUUCAGAUUGUCGUUGUACAGCUGAAUCACCUCAAAAGCCAUGCCUGUCGGAGGCAGAAGGGGCAGACAUGGCCCCUACUGGCCAGGCCUGUGGUCAAGCAACUAUUCAAUCUGACAUAGAGAAAAUGAACAAUGAAAAGGAAAAGUUGCAUGAACAUGGGAUCCAUGCUUCUGACUCCACAGAGAAUGUGAACUGUAAAUCUUUUGAAGAUAAUCCGCAUUUACAAAGCAAGUUGAUAAGUCCCACAUGUCUUUUAACCACUGUACAACCGCACAGCUCCAAAACUCCAAAUCCAGGCCGAUGUAAUGUGGAAAACACUUCAAAGACGAAAACUCAAAGGCCCCAAAAGGAGGAAGAAGGUGUGACUGAAAACACAAUGAACAAAGGAAGCAUUAACUCAAAAAUCCAGGAUGCUGCUGCCAAAGAAGAACAAUCCAAAGGUUUGGAGUCAGGUGUAAAUGUGCUUGAAAAGCAAAGCCUGCAUGUUGCUAAAAGCAAAGACGCUAGCCCGGCUGCAGGCUCUCCAGCGUGCCUAGGCCAAGUUCGCUCUGAAAUGGGCCCCCCACUUCCUCCAGUCCUCACCCCACUGACCAUGUCUCCGAAGACGGGGAAAUCCAUCAAUCCAAAGCAAGCUAUUGGGAAGCUGUCUUUUUCAUCACCAAUGGGUAGACUGGCUUCCCCCAACACUCCUGUUCAGGCCCACCUGACACCCAAUAGACAGCAGCUGAGUUCCUUAUCUCUAAACAGUCCACUCUCUCCAAGUGGCGUCCCUUCAUCUCCACUUCAGUUUGGCUCUGCCACUCCUAAACAUGCAGUGCCGGUUCCAGGCCGCCUACCGUUGACAGCUAUGAAUUUGUCCCCUUCCUCUUCCUCCAGUCCAUCACAGGAAAGCUCUAUGAGGAUUCUUGACACCAUGUACCCUGAGCUUUCUGCCCGCGCCCGGACUCUAAGCAUUCUCAGAGGCAAUGUCAAUCUCGGCAUUUGCUCGUCGGAGAGCGGAGCGUUACCCGCAACAACGGACAGUCAGCUGUCUGGCUUUAAAACCAUCAACUCCACCUCUACGGCUUUCACCAAGACAGAGACACGGAGGGAAAAAAGACGCGCCGUGAAUUCGCCCCAGACUAGAAGCAGCAAAUGUCCCAGACUUGAUAGCGACCCAGCUCCUGUCGGUCACAACCAAGAGGAUUCCGCCUCAAACAGUAGAGAGGAGGUUGUCUCGCCUCCGAAUCUGAGUGCUGAGCAGUUAAAAAAUGAAACGUCCCAGUCAGUAGAAACAGGAACAUGUGAUGAACAAAAUAUUAUCAAUAACUGUUUAAAGAAGAUUGAGAACAGGUGCUUUGAUCUAACCCCUGUGAUCCAGAGCCACCUCUACGUUGGUAACCUCCCCAAAAAACCUGUCUUGCGAGAUGAGGAGAAGGAGGUGAUCGCUGAGAUCUGCCAACGCGGCUUGGCAGAUGAUAUGAUUUCAGCGGUCUUAAGUAAACUGAAAGCUGAAAAAGUGGAGCUCAGCAAAAACUACACGCAGGCCCUUUGUAGAGUCUACACAGGGAUCUGUAGACAAAAAAUGUACUGGGAGAAGACACGUAUCUUGGCCUACAGCAUCCUCAUGGAAGAUUUUACAGAUUCUGCUAAGAUGAUUUUGUUCGUGGUGACAACGUGGCCCAAUGUUCUCUCGCACAGUAGUUCACUCUGUCAGGCCAUUCAUGCUGUCACUAAACUCAAAGCAUCGAAAGAGCUUCUCAGCUGCGUUUCAGCAUUCCUUGGUUGGGAAGAGGAUCCUCCUUUGGACAUUGACCUGCUGAUCUCAAGAACACUCUCUGAUGUCGAGUCUGGUUUAAACCUUUCUUUCACAAAACACAGCCGGUAUGGAGACGACCUGGGACCUGAAGCUUGGGAGCAAGUCUACACGCUGCAACUCCUUUGUGCUCAUAAGAAGUGGAAAUGGACCUACGAAAAUAUACUAAGCAACAAAUUGUGGCCAUUAAUGAACACCUGGGUGUCCCAGCCCAGAGACCAACAAACAGUCUCUGACAUCACUGUUGCCACUGUCCUUCGACUCAUAGGAUGCCUGGGUCAACUGGGAAUCAAAGAAAAGUGUGUUUCAUCUGUGUUAACAGUGGCCAAUGUCAUCAACACUUUUGGUAGACAUGGACAAGCUGAAGAUGUGCCUUGGGGGGUCCAGUUAGCAACUGUCUACUGCAUCAACGAACUUUCUCCCUGCAACCCCAAACAAGCCCUGGAGGUCGUUGCAGGGUGGAGAAGAGACGCAUCUCAGAGUGUCCCUCCUGCUGUCACAAGUUGCAUUAACCAGUUAGCGUGUGUCCGCAGAAAAGUCAAGCGCUGAGACAUGUUGCACGAACCGACAUGGGUUGUUUCAGUCUGCUUGAAAGAAAGAAGCAUAGCUUCUCCUAAAACAGGAAGUCUGGGAUGUGUCUUCAAUUGUAAACAUGGUUAACAUACUUCUCACGUGGUUUGUAUGUGUACUUCUAUUCUAGAAUGGUGUGUAAAUGUAUAUAAAUGGAAUUUUGUAGUGCAUAUUUCCUGAAGCUUUUAUUGUACAUGGACUUUUAAGCUUUACAUUUCAUGCAGUGCUGUGAAACAAAGGCAUGGGCUUUUUGUUCAACUUACGUGAUGAUCUAAAACUUUGUAAAAAUACAUGUUUAUAUGUAUAUGGGGAUUAACAGAGGUGCUGACGUGAAUGUCAUUUCAUUCAGUUACUUGUAAAUAUAAGCUGAUAAUGUUUGUGUUAAAUAAAACUAGGUAAGGUUUGAUAUUUUGUAUAAUGAUAUUUAUGUUUUUCAAAUUAAAUUUUCUACAUAUUGAA